AUUUGGGAUUUGUUUGAAAUCCAGAGAGCCUCUCUAAAACGUUGCCUUGGUUGAGAAGGGACUUCUUCAUCCUGGUGUUUUAAAAGAUGUCUGAUUCCACUGUUAAUUCCCACUUGGAAGGAAUUAUAUCUGAUUUUGAAGCUCUAAAGAGGUCAUUUGAAGUGGAGGACGUAGACACGUCAACGCACCCCUCCCCGCACACUCGCCGAACGGCCAACCUGAGGACGCCGAUUUCAUCUCCGAGCCAGCGCUACCAGGACCAAGGGGCCCGCAAUUCCGACCUGAGCCCAAAGGUGACCCCAGAGGCCAACCAGCGCUCACCCAAGCCCACCGUGCGACGCGCGGAGCUUCCGGGAGGACGCACCCCAGAGCCCGUGUCCCGUAGGACGGAGAUUUCUAUCGACAUUUCCUCCAAGCAGGUGGACAGCUCCCCCAGCGCCGGCAUCUCCCGGUUCGGGCUGAAGAGGCCAGAGGUGCUCGGCCACAGCAAAACCCCAGAGAUGGCACACAGACGGGCGGAGAUCAGCCUGAGCAGGCCCCAGGAGACCCCACCGACCAGGAGGGCCGAGGGCCCCGUACCCGCCUCCAGGAUCCCUGAGCCUGUCCACAGGAAGGUGGAGCCCCCCAGCCCGGGGGAUGCUCCGACCCGCAGACCUGAGAUUAACAUCAUCAAGUCCCCUGAGGUGCCGGCUCCUGCCAAGUCCCCGGUGAACAACAUCACCCAUGCGCCCAGCGUCCCGCCCGGCCACGCCCAGAACAAAGCACACCCACCGCGUGCGGAGGUCUGCAUGCGGAGUCCUGAUGUAGGGUCAGAGGUCAUUCCCAGCUACACCAGCACCAUGUCAGAGUCCGCCAAGCCAGCCCAGCCCCCCCAGCCGCCUGUACGCAGCGAGAAGCCUAAUGCAGACUUCAGCUACGUGGGCAUCGAUGCCAUCCUGGAGCAGAUGAGGCGGAAGGCAAUGAAGCAGGGCUUUGAGCUCAACAUUAUGGUAGUGGGACAGAGCGGUUUGGGAAAGUCUACGCUGAUGAACACCCUCUUCAAAUCCAAGGUGAGCCGUAAGUCUGUGCUUGCCACAGAUGAGGAGAGGAUCCCUAAGACCAUCGAGAUCAAGUCCAUCAGUCAUGACAUUGAGGAGAAGGGCGUGAGGAUGAAACUGACGGUAAUCGAUACUCCAGGCUUUGGGGAUCAGAUCAACAAUGAGAACUGCUGGCAGCCCAUCAUGAAGUUCAUCAAUGACCAGUAUGAGCAGUACCUGCAGGAAGAAAUCAACAUCAACAGGAAGAAGAGGAUCCCAGACUCGCGCAUCCACUGCUGUAUAUACUUCAUUCCUCCCACUGGACACUGCCUGAGGCCCCUGGAUGUGGAGUUCAUGAGGCGCCUCAGUAAAGUGGUCAACAUCGUCCCUGUCAUCGCCAAGGCUGACACCCUAACUCUGGAGGAGAGAGACUUCUUUAAAAAGAAGAUCAGGGAGGAGCUGAGAGCCAAUGGGAUCGAUGUGUAUCCGCAGAAGGAGUUUGACGAGGAUGCAGAGGACAGGAUGAUCAAUGAGAAGAUCAGAGAGAUGAUCCCCUUUGCUGUGGUCGGGAGUGACCAGGAGUACCAGGUCAAUGGGAGGAGGCUUCUGGGAAGGAAAACAAAGUGGGGUACCAUAGAAGUGGAGAACAUUGCACACUGUGAGUUUGCCUACUUGCGGGACCUGCUUAUUAGAACCCACAUGCAGAACAUCAAGGACAUCACCAGUAAUAUCCACUAUGAGGCAUACCGUGUCCGCAGGCUCAACGAGACCAACACGCAGGCCAAUGGAAUGUCCGAGCAUGACGUGUCCUCCCACGAGAUGUAGAUGUCCACCCGCCACCCCCGCCCACCCCU